AUGGGUUGCGGUAUGAGUACUGAGGAUAAGGAGGGGAAGGCGCGGAACGAGGAGAUUGAGAACCAGCUCAAGCGCGACAAGAUGAUGCAACGGAAUGAGAUCAAGAUGCUGCUCCUCGGUGCGGGAGAGUCGGGCAAGUCGACGAUUCUCAAGCAGAUGAAGCUGAUCCACGAGGGUGGAUACUCGCGCGAUGAACGGGAGUCGUUCAAGGAGAUCAUCUACAGCAACACGGUGCAGUCGAUGCGGGUCAUUCUCGAGGCCAUGGAGUCCCUCGAAUUGCCCCUGGAGGAUGCACGCCACGAGUACCACGUGCAGACCAUCUUCAUGCAGCCCGCUCAAAUCGAGGGUGACAGCAUCCCGCCCGAGGUCGGCACCGCCAUUGGGGCCCUUUGGCGCGACACGGGCGUCCAGGAGUGCUUCAAGCGGUCCCGCGAGUACCAGCUGAACGACUCCGCCAAAUACUACUUUGACGCCAUUGAGCGCAUUGCACAGCCCGACUAUCUUCCCACCGACCAGGAUGUCCUCCGCUCGCGUGUCAAGACCACGGGUAUCACCGAGACGACGUUCAUCAUUGGGGAUCUGACUUACCGCAUGUUCGAUGUCGGUGGUCAGCGAUCGGAGCGGAAGAAGUGGAUUCACUGCUUCGAGAACGUGACGACGAUUCUCUUCCUGGUGGCCAUCUCCGAGUACGACCAGCUGUUGUUCGAAGAUGAGACGGUCAACCGCAUGCAAGAAGCCCUGACGCUGUUCGACUCGAUCUGCAACUCGCGGUGGUUCGUGAAGACGUCCAUCAUUCUCUUCCUCAACAAGAUCGACCGCUUCAAGGAGAAGCUGCCGGCCAGCCCGAUGAAGAACUACUUUCCCGACUACGAGGGCGGUGGCGACUACGCCGCCGCGUGCGACUACAUCCUCAACCGCUUUGUGUCUCUGAACCAGGCCGAGCAAAAGCAGAUCUACACACACUUCACGUGUGCCACGGACACCACCCAGAUUCGGUUUGUCAUGGCGGCCGUCAAUGAUAUCAUCAUCCAAGAGAACCUCCGACUCUGCGGUUUGAUCUAA